ACUUCCACAAAGACGUCCACAACAAAUGUGUGGAAGAGGCCAUCGGCAAAGCAGCUUGGAAUGUACAACAAGGGUGUGCUAUUCUCGGAAAUGUUUGCAUCGAAGCUACCGGAUGGCAGGCUGCAGGGACAACCGGUGCCAGCGUCUAUUGUAAACUCCAACUGCCCGUUAGGCAUUAUGCUUCGUCAAGAGGAGCAAGUGAAGGAGAACCUCAAAAGUCUCAACAAGCUUCUACCUCGUGUCGGACAACCGCGGGUAAUAUUUGGCGCAGAUGACAUUUUGAGUGAGGAGCUAUGUGACGACAUUCUUCUCGCUGUCAUGGUCAGCGAGGAUGAGUGCAAAGAGAUUGCACAAGAGACAAUACUUCAAAGUGCAUGCCCACAAUGGCACCGCUUGCGGGCACCAAGAAUCUCUGCAAGCUCCAAGGCUCACAGAGUGAAAAUACGUACAGCUGACUUCGAUACCCUGGCCGAAGACCUUGCCUCACCACGGUCAUUCAAGAGUGCCUCAUGUUCUUACGGUGUAGCGAAAGAACCGGAAGCCAGGAAAGAAUACGAGUCCUCGGAAAAGAAAAAGGUGAUACAAGUAGGACUUGUUGUGUGCGUCCCACAGCCGUGGUUGUGUUGCAGCCCCGACGGACUGGUGGAAGAGAAUGGGGAAGUCCGCCUCCUAGAGAUCAAGUGUCCGUCUAGGUGCGAGACCAAGCCCGUAGUUAACGAGAACAUUAACGUUGACUACCUGCAAUACGAGGGGAAAAAGCUGAAGCUGCAAGAAAGCCAUGUGUACUACACACAAGUUCAAGUCAGCAUGUAUGUUGUUGGUGCGAAUGUGUGCGACCUCUACGUCUACUCACCCAAGGGGUCCGAGUGUGUCAAAGUAAUGAAGGACAUGCCGUUCUUGAAGAAAGUUGUGCCAAAGCUGGAAUGGUUUUUUUUUAGGCACUAUUUUCCAGCUGUUCUGAAGCGGCAAAGCCUCUAAAUCAGCUAGAGUAGUGCUGAUAUGUGAAAAAUUGUUCUGUAUGGAAUACGAAGUGCAAAUGUCCAGUUGAAAUAUCACAAAUAAAACGUGUGUGACCAUUUAUUUCUGAUUCAUAGUGGCAACGUGGGCAAGUUGGUUCACGCUUACGAUAAAAUACACGGCGUGCAAAACGACGAAGACUGAUUGUACAAAAUGACAAAGACUGAUGAAAAAGGAACAAACACGACAAAUGCUAAUUUUCGUCCUCUCAUCCUGUGU